GUGAGUAAUAUGCUGACAAAUGUUUUAUUCUUCAAUUCAUUAAGGGGAAAUUUGGUGUUUUAUUGAUAUGAAUGUAAACAUACUAUUAUUUUUCUUGUAUUUCACAGAUUCCAGAGUCAUAAUGGAGAACUUAUCCAUCAUAGUCAGUUUUGAGCUGACCCUGGAUCCAUUUUCCAUCCCUCCAGGAGCAAAAUAUCCCAUAUUUCUCUUUGGCAUCUUCAUCUACAUGUUUGGUGCUUUUUGUAAUCUCACCCUGUUGCUCCUCAUUAUUCUGACACAAAGUCUCCACAAGCCAAUGUACUUCAUUUUGUUCAGCCUCCCUCUGAAUGAUUUUGUGGGAAUUACUUCCAUGCUUCCCAAGGUUCUCUCUGACAUUGUGACGGAAACCAAUAAUACAUACUAUCCUCUCUGUGUGCUCCAGGGUUUUCUGCUCCACAUGUAUGGAGGUGGUGUUUUGUUCAUCCUGGCAGCCAUGGCUUUUGAUCGCUAUAUUGCCAUUUGCAUGCCUCUGCGAUAUAAUGCUCUCAUGACACCAAAGCUUGUGAUGGGAAUUGUUGCAUUUGUAUGGGGCCUUGACUUUUUUUUCAUUGUUUUGCUGUUUUCUUUGCAGGGAAGGAAUUAUAGAUGCAGAUCUAACAUUUUGAAUGUGUUUUGUGAUAACCCUUCACUUGUUAAGCUGGCAUGUGCUAAUACUAUAGUUAACAACAUCUUUGGCUUAUUUGCAACAGCCAUGAUGCAGAUUAUUAGUGUUUCCAUUCAAGUGUUUUCUUAUGUGAAGAUUUUGAUUACCUGCUUGGUUACGAGUAGGUCUGAUGCAAAGAGCAAGGCCAUCAACACCUGCGUUGCUCAACUGGUCAUUUUCAUCAUGUAUGAGGUUGUUGGAAGUUUCACCAUUGUGUCACACAGGUUCUUAAAUGUAAAUGCCAAUCUGCAAAAGAUUAUGGGAAUGCUAAUUUUUCUAGUGCCUCCACUUCUGAAUCCAAUAGUUUAUGGAUUGAACAGUCAUGAAUUACGAAAUAAUCUGCUAAAAAUUAUACGCAGAAAAAUCACUAAAAUGUAA